GUUGUUUUGUUUGACAGUUUUUCCAUUCUAUCUAUCAUUUUGUUUUUGCACGAAGAAAUUGCAUUUAUUAAUUAAAGAGUGAAACGAAUCAACAAAGUUAAAUUGUUUGUGAAAAGCGCAGUAUUGUAUGUAUCAAUAUUAAGAUUAUCAAAACACAAUCGAAUUCAAUCUGCAUUGCUAAACGCAACAAUCAGACAUGGAAGACUUAAAUGAGCUGAAUAAUGAAGAGCUGCAAUAUCGUUUAGCACAAUUUGGUGUACCAACUAUACCAGUCACAACAACAACACGGAAAACAUUGAUCAAAAGACUUCGCAAUCUCAUCGAAAGUGAAAAAUCAAAAUUGAGACGUGACACAGAAUAUGCAACAAGAUAUUCGUCCGAUGAAGACAUUUCAUCAACCGUCAAUGACACAAAAGCAAAAUCAGCAAAAGGUCGCAGUCGUUCAACAAUAUCUACGAACAAUCGACUGGCAAAUAGAGCAAACUUAAAUUUGCCGCCACCAACUACUCAAAAACCACCAACUAACUUAUGGAGCGAGAAAAAUCAGACCACAAAAAAGUCCCCAACAAGCUCAAUCUACAUAUCACCACUAAUUCAACACGAUACGGACGAAGAAUCUGAUCAAAACGAUGGAAUGAAUACAUCACUUUUAAAUCGAUACAAAAAUAAUUCCACUGGCAUGCGAACAAUGUCUACAGUUUAUAAUGGUCAUAGUAGUCGUUAUUCAAAUGAUACUGCUGAUAAUAGUUCGCACAGUACUGGCAUAUUAAAUGCGUCGUCUGAAUCUAGCACAAAUGGUGAGCAUGACAAUGAUGAUCUAUCCUCACCAUACUCAUCAACCAAUUUCACAAAACGUUUGCUAAGCUUACGGAAUAGGAGUUUGGGCUCAACAAUUAAUGCACCUCCAAUUUCAGAUGCCAGUAACCGGUUUGAUGGAUAUAUACGACCUCCUCUGCUAAGUUUUCCAUCAGCCCGUGUCUCACGUUACUUAAAUGAGCCAAUAUCAUCUAGAUUAUCGAUGUUGCCAAGAGAUAAUAGCAUCGCUUAUCAGGCCAACAUUGAUAACACCAACCGAAAACCAUUUUCUAUUCGGAAUAUCUAUUCAGAUUUUUUUAAUCGUCAGUAUGAACGGUACAGCGUAAAACAAUCGUUCGUGCCGUGCAUUUUGUUAUCGGCUCUGUUCUUUUUCUUUACUUCCGUUAUCAUAGCGUAUUUGACUAUGAAUCCAGAUUUAUCGUUGGCACUAGAUGCAAAAGCUGCUACAUUUAAAUUAUGUUCAGAUACCGAAAUGACAAUGGUGAAUGGUGAGCCACAUUUCAAGCCAACCGAGAAUUGCAUUGAGAAAGAUCAACUUGAACCGGCAUUCAAUUUACUGAAAGUUCUUAUACCACAACUACAAAAGCGAAUCGAGUAUAAUCGAUGCACGGAUCCAACAGCUCCAUUUGCAAUGAGUGCAAAAGAAGUUGUGCAAUUUAUUUUUGAAACAACACAUGAACAAAGUGCAAUUGACAUAAUUCGAGCACUUCACAAUGCCGAGUAUUUAAUUUCGGUGAAUCCACAGUGGCGUGUUGGACAUUUCAUCGAUGCCAGCGCUCAACCAUCGACAAGCAUAUCAAUGACAAAUCUUGUUCGACUCCGGCAAUCGCAAGCCAAUUACUUUAGUAUUGUUAAACCACGACUGCCACUUUCUUGUUUCCUUUAUAAUAAGCUUCAAGCGGUUUUUGCCAUCAUCGGAUGGAUUGUUAUUAUAGCUCUGGUCACAUUUGUGAUUCUAUUCAUCGUACGUUUUAUACGUGGACAUUUACAAACGCGUCGCGAACGAAUAACAUCUAUGAUCGAAGAGAUAAAAAAUGUACUAAUGGAAAAAGCGUAUGAUCCAGAUACGGCAUGCACAGACGCAGCAUCAGUUGUAAUCAAUCAUUUGCGUGACAAAUUGAUACCACCCACUGAAAGAAAUAAAAUGGAGUCGAUUUGGAAUGCAGCUAUCAAGGCGGUUGAAAGCGAUAGUCGUGUUCAGUUUAGUGUUGCAACACGAAAUGGCGAAGAUUAUCGUGUAAUGCGUUGGAUUGACACAGUGUCACCAAUGAGCCAAAACCAACACACAUUUGGUAGCAAUACACUGUCGGCAAGUACAAGCAGCAAUUCAAGUAAUUUGAGUAAUGCCACAUCAUCAAAUACCAUUCCCUGUGCAACAUAUCCAAGUCUUCGGUCAUGUAAUACCCUAAACCAUGGCAAUAUUAAGAAAUGGCAAAGUCCUGCAUUUGAUAAAAGCAAUAAGAUCAAGGAUCCGCCAACCGAAUGCUUGAAGAUUCGACAAAUGUUUGACAAACAUGAAUCAUCAAAUCCAAAUCUCAAACAAGUUAUACAGGAUGCCAUUUUAGAAAAGGUAGCACACACCACCUGCAAAAUAUAUGAUUUACAAUUGGACAAACAGACUUGUUGCGUGUACGUUAGAUGCGCAUCUUCUAAAGAUGCCGGCAUGAUUCAUGAUGAAGUGAAUGGUUGGUGGUUCGAUAGCCGUCUAGUGUCGAUCAAAUUUUUGCGCUUAGAACGUUACUUGAUUCGUUUCCCGAACGCUGCGUCUGGCCCAAGCUAUUUAAAACCGUCAAACACGAAAAAUCUUUCAAUGACAAAUGGGGACGGUGAGCCAAAUCAUCUGAAUGGAAAACGAGGUGCUGACAAUUUAACAGAUUAUGAAGAUGACGAUGAUGGCGAUGCUCCAGUGGAAGGUGAUGCUUAUUUUAACGGUCAACGACGAUAGUUGUGACAAUCCAAUCUAUUCUACAUUUUAAAAUGCAAAUGCACCGAAUCUAUAGAUACAUUGCAUUUAGCUGUGAUGUCGUUACAAAAAAAUGACAUCAUUAGGAAUCGUAGAAAUGUGUCAUAUCGAAAUAUUUUUACAUGUAAUCAAUUAGCAUAAUUCUCAUUCUCGAUUUUAAUAAAUGAAUAUCUGUGGGAAAUAUCAGUAAAAAACAUUCAAUUUAGCAAAAAAUUAAAAUAUGAAAAAAUGACGAAAUUCAACAAAGGACGAAACAAAUGUUUGCAUUUGACAAUAAUUAUUUUAAAAAACAUGAUUGGCUAACUAAUUUUCCAUGAAUAGAAUUUCCCAUUACGAUGUUCAACUUUGAUUCCAAACGAAUACUAGUGAAUAAAUGAUAUAUUUUGAACGUGGUAAACACAAAGAAGUAAACGACAAACCAUCAUUUAUGAAUAAAAAAUAAAUCAUACACACACACUCACAUUUAUAUAUAUAUAUACAUGAAUUCAGCAUAAUCACAAUUUUUAAGAUGUUACCGACUAGAGAAAAACAAUAAAAAUUAUUCUUCUGGUU